AUGUACGUAUAUCUAUCUCUCUUCGGCCUCUUUUCCACCGAUACCGAGUCCUCGCAAGCAUCAGAGUACAUUGCCGAUUACAUUAUUAAACGCAUCAAGUCUUUCCAACCGACCCAUGAUCGUCCUUUUGUAUUGGGCCUUCCUACUGGCAGCAGCCCCGAGAUUAUAUACAAGAUUCUAGUACAACACCACAGGACUGGCGACAUCUCGUUCAAGAAUGUCGUCACCUUCAACAUGGAUGAAUAUGUGGGCUUGCCUCGUGAUCAUCCAGAGUCAUAUCACAGCUUCAUGUACAAGAACUUUUUCUCGCAUGUCGACAUCCCACCACAAAACAUCAACAUCCUCGAUGGGAAUGCUCCGGAUCUGGUUGCUGAAUGUGCCUCGUUCGAGGCUCGCAUUGCUGGUUACGGCGGGAUCGAGCUUUUCCUAGGCGGUGUUGGACCGGACGGACACAUUGCUUUCAACGAGCCAGGCUCAUCAUUAAGCAGUCGAACCCGGGUCAAGAGUCUGGCGUACGAUACAAUCUUAGCGAACUCCCGAUUCUUUGAGAAUGAUAUCGAUAAGGUACCGCGAAAGGCCUUGACUGUGGGCAUUCAGACCAUCAUGGAGGCCCGGGAGGUAGUCAUCGUGGCCACAGGAGCUCACAAGGCUCUUGCGCUCAAGGAGGGUCUCGAAGGAGGCAUCAAUCACAUGUGGACGCUUUCAGCGCUGCAACUACACAGACACCUGCUCAUUGUAUGCGAUCGAGAUGCCACCUUGGAGCUCAAGGUCAAGACAGUCCGAUAUUUCGAGUCUAUCGAGCAGUCCGGAACGGACGCUCGUACCCAGGGCCCGCCUCUUGUGUAUCCACCGAAAACUUAUGUGCCUGCUCCACUUGGGGUGGCCAAAUCCCAGCAGCAGCCCACUCCUGCUUCGACACCACCGAAGGCUCUGAACGAUCUCAGAAUCAACACGGAAUUCCGCAAUACCGUGGAGGACGACGAGUUGACACCUGACAGCAUGUCUUCCAGACUGGCUGACUCGGCUAUUGGUGGACUAGACUCAACGCUCAAGGGUGAUAUGAUGUUCGAUCGCAUGAGUGCAAGAGUUACGUCUCACUGA